ACUAGAAUUAUACUAGCAACCAGGAAUACUCCAGUUGUUCACCUUUACUAUAUUCCAGUAGAAAGACAAAUAUCUGCAAAACAGAAGAUGCUUUUGACCCAAGGAUGUCUACAAUCAGUGAAAGUUUUGUCCAUUUUUCUUCUUGCUUGUUUUGCAGCUUGUCAAGAAACUGAAAAUAAAAGAGCAGUGACAGAACACCAGCUCCUGAAUGACCGAGGGAGGGCCCUUCAAGGAUUAAAGCGACUGAUGUGGCUUCACAAUGCCAUGACGGGAGUGCACACAGCCACUGACAGAGGGCGCAUAUCCCGGGCCCAUAUUAUGUGGACCUCACCCAACAGCCAAGACCUUUCUGAAUUCUAUGAUAGCAUGGAUAGGGAAGAGACACCAGACAUGAUGAAACAACUUUUACUGGAACAGCUGGAGAAGGAGUCGCCAUUCGCUGUGCUAAGGAAAAUAAAUGUAUUGCAAUAUCUAAAGAAUGUAAAAGGUAGGCAGGACAUGAAAGAUCUUUCUGAUUUAUUUCAUGUUGGAGACCAAGAUAGCAAAAGAGCUCUUAGUGCUGAAAUAUAGACACAACAGGACUUAGUGCAGUGUGUCCCAUUACAAUGUGCACUGAUGUCUUGUGGAGGAGCAAAAAUUAAAGUGAAUUAUAAAGACAUUAUUAUUUGUGCCAUUUAGUAUUCAUGAAUGUUAAGAGACCAAUAUUCUCAUCCACAUUCUGAUGAACUAAAACAAGUAAACAAGGAUAACCCUGGUUCUACAUUUUCCCUUCUGGAGAACACAAAUAUUCUAUAAUGUUGAGCACUCCCAAGUACACUGUAAUUUUUAUUAGUUACCACACUCAUUGAUUCAUGUCUUCUGAGUCUCAGACUAUCAGAUUCAGAGAUCUGUAAAUCCUGCUGGGGCAAGUGGAAAAGAAGGAAAAACCCCCA